AUAAACCUUAUUAUCAAGUUUAAUGCAAGUGUGUGGUUUGUUGCAGUGUGUACGGCCUUGAAAUCCAGUCUUAAACAACAUAAUCACCAAGGUUACACCAGAUUUGGACACUGUCCAGCGCGGUCAACAUACCCUUUGUGCUCUGAUGAGGAGCGGGAGGAUAAAUGUCCAUCUGGGUGUCAUCUGGAGGGUAUUAUUAAUCUUAUAGAUGAAGACAUUCAGAAACGUCUGAGAAAUAUUUGUGAAAGGAUUGAAGAAAAUCAGGACGUCACUUCAUCUGUAAUGCAAAAGAGUGUGAAGUAUUAUAGAUCACAAAGAAAAGCUAUCAUCCAGACAUAUAUGCAGGAGAUCAGAUAUGCUGAGUUUGCUGAAGACCUUCACAGAAACUUAACAUUCCUGCACAAAAGGUCUUCAGAACUUGCAAAAGACUUACAGAAGCAUCAUCACUUGAUCUGGAAUCAGAUAAAUGAAAUCCUUCGAAUUGAGGUGGACAUUGACAUCAAAAUCCGUGCGUGCAAAGGUUCGUGCAAGCAAACCUUUGACCAUGCCGUUGAUAGCGAUGCCUUCAAAGCUAUGGAGAACAAAAUGGAGCAGUUCAGCAUUAUCUCAAAGAGGCGAAAAUCAUUCUCCAAAAACAAAAAACUAAAACUUCAGUCUGUUGAUCGGCCUAGUGUGUCCCCCUCUUACCGGAAAAUUCCCUUUGUUCGCACUGAGCUGCUUACAAAAUUUGAAGACAUUGAGCAGCAUCAGGUGAUUUUAGAUGAACUCCUAGAAGAUGUUUAAUCAGAUUUAUGCCUAUAAUAAUAUGUGGAAUUAUUUUUUCUGACAUUGUGUAUGGUUUAGUAAUAUAUAAGUAAUAUACUGACAAAUACUACUUAUUUAGUUUGAUUUUGUUAUCAGUUUACAACAUAUUUAUUUGACAGCUGUGCCAUUUAUUUUGCCAAUAUCAUGUUUACAUUUUCAUUUUUUUCAUUUUACAUUAUAUGCUAUAUAUCUCACUUGUGUGCAGUAUUCCAUGUAUAGUGUUAAUAGAAUAGAAUAUCACAAAUAUCACUGUUUUUUAUAUCUACUAUGGCUCUGCCUUAGUUGCAAUGCAGAAGCAAGUUCAGGAGGCAGACGUGGCCUAAUGCAGGGUUAUUCAAAUCUUGCUGUAGGGCCAGUGCACUGCAGAGUUUAGCUCCAACCCUGAUCAAACCCACCUGAGCCUGUUAAUCAAUGUCUUUGGGAUCAUUAGAAAAUCACAGGUAGGUGGGUUUGAUCAGGGUUGGAGCCAAACUCUGCAGUGCACUGGCCCUCCAGGGCAAGAUUCGAAUAACCCUGGCCUAAUGGAUAGAGAGUUGGACUUGUAACCUGAAGGUCAUGGGUUCAAGUCUCACGUUCCAUCAGGGAUUGUAGGUGGGUACCAUGACUGAGGUGAGACCAUUAAACAAGGCACCAAACCCCCCAGCUGCUCCACCGGGAGCUGCAGCACUGGCUGCCCACUGCUCCAGGUGUGUGAUCAUGGUGUGUGUGUGUUUGUUCACUACUCCCUACAGUGUGUGUGCAUUUAGAUGGGUUAAAUGCAGUACACAAAUUCCAAGUAUGGGCCGCCACAUGUCACGUCCUUUCCUUUUCCUUCCAAAUGUGUAUUAGAGACUGUACAAAAUGACGUUUCACACUCAAGCAUCAGCCUGUCGAACACAAUAUUAAAUACCUCAAUAAAAUAACUCAAAACUGUGAAA